AUUGGUCCGGUCCCGCCCCUUUGAUGUCACUUCCGCCCCAGGGCAAGAUGGCAGCGCCCGGUCUUUGCCACGCAGACUUCCGCCUGUCACGGAGACCGGGGGCCGGUAGCUGCUCGCGUCGGAGGUGAGGUCGAGACACUCGGCGUGUAGCCUCAGCGCAGGCACCAUGUCGGAAAGGAACGCCGCGGGCGAACCCAGCAACCCUGGAGGGCCGCGACCCCUUCUCUCUGGGGGCCGGGGGCUGAUCGGCCGGCGGCCCGCACCCCCACUUACGCCGGGCCGCCUUCCCUCCAUUCGCUCCCGGGACCUCACCCUUGGCGGAGUCAAGAAGAAAACCUUCACCCCAAAUAUCAUCAGCCGGAAGAUCAAAGAAGAGCCAAAGGAAGAAGUAACCACGAAGAAGGAAAAGCGUGACCGGGACAGAGACCGCCAACGAGAGGGUCAUGGACGGGGACGUGGCCGCCCAGAAGUGAUCCAGUCCCAUUCUAUCUUCGAGCAGGGUCCCGCAGAAAUGAUGAAAAAAAAAGGGAACUGGGAUAAGACGGUGGAUAUGUCAGACAUGGGACCCUCUCAUAUCAUCAACAUCAAAAAAGAGAAGAGAGAAACGGAUGAAGAGACCAAGCAGAUCCUGCGCAUGCUGGAGAAGGAUGAUUUCAUCGAUGACCCGGGGCUAAAGAACGACACACGGAACAUGCCAGUGCAGCUGCCACUGGCUCACUCAGGGUGGCUUUUUAAGGAGGAGAGUGAAGAGCCAGAUGUUAAGCGUUUUUCAGCUGGCCCCAAGGAAGAAGACAUGGAAGUGGACGGGCCUGCCGUGAAAGUGAAAGAGGAGCCACGCGAUGAGGAAGAGGAAGGCAAGGCGAAGGCCCUUCCAAGAGCAGCCAGGAAGACCCCUGGUCUCCCGAAGGAUGUAUCUGUUGCAGAGCUGCUCAGGGAACUGAGCCUCACCCAGGAUGAGGAGCUGCUGUUCCUUCAGCUGCCUGAUACCCUCCCUGGGCAGCCACCCACUCAGGACAUCAAGCCCAUCAAGACAGAGGUGCAGGGCGAGGAUGGACAGAUGGUGGUCAUAAAGCAGGAAAAAGACCGGGAAGCCAGGCUAGCAGAGAAUGCUUGUACCUUGGCUGACCUGACAGAGGGUCAAGUGGGCAAGCUGCUCAUCCGCAAGUCAGGGAAGGUGCAGCUCCUACUGGGCAAGGUGACUCUGGAUGUGACCAUGGGAACAACCUGCUCUUUCCUGCAGGAGCUGGUGUCCGUGAGCCUUGGAGACAGCAGGACAGGGGAGAUGACAGUCCUGGGACAUGUGAAGCACAAGCUUGUAUGCUCUCCUGAUUUUGAAUCCCUCUUGGAUCACAAACACCGGUGAAAGGAACAGACGGAGGAGGACUGUGGCUGCCCACGAUUGCUGCCUGCUCCAGACGUUUUGUUCUCAGACACAUGCAGCCCAGAAGGGGCCUGUUCAGCCCACCUAUUACUGUCUUUGGCGGCUGUGGUU